AUGACUAUUAAGAAGAGAACAGCCAAAGAGAGCCCUCCACAAAGUCGUCAGCUUUUAAAGCUGACGUUUCACCCGCAGGACUCGCAUUUUGAGCUGGCCGCUUGGUUAACCCUUGUAUCAUGGGAUAUAAGUAUUGGACAAACAGGUACUUCUUCGCUUGUCACUUGA